AUGGCGCCAACAUUACCAAGAGCGCCACUGCGCUCGCUAUCGGCCACCAUCCUCCCAUCCGCGACCUCGACGCCAUCCACCACCUCCACCGCCUUCCGAACAUUCAGCACAACAGCCUCCCGCCUCGAGGUCGACAUCCCCCCCGAGUCCCCGCGCUUCAUCAACCUCCCCGAGCUGCCGCAAUCCUCCGAGGAUAAGCUCCCACCAGUGAAGGGCGUGCUGCCCGUGCCGCGCGAGAUCUUCCACCGGCGCAACAACGGCAGCCACAAGAUCCAGGCCGGCUUCGUGGACGAGACGGCACCACGGUCACGGGCCGAGGCAGCAGGCGAGGCGCCCAAGUCGGACCGGGCGGCGUGGAAGCGGGCGCUGGCCGAGUCGCGGCGGAAGGCGCUCGCGGCGGGCAUAGACAAGCUGUGGGCGCGCAAGAACGCGCGCGAGGGGCGGGCCAAGCACCGCGCCGAGUCCCACCGGCAGCGCAACCUGAGCGCCGCCAACGCGCCCGAGGGGCUGGACGACGUCUUCACGCGCGGGACGGUCACGCAGGCGACGCUGGACACGAGGGUGAUACGCGACCCGGAGUACAAGGAGCGGCAGCUCAAGUCGCAGGCGCGCACGGCGGCGCUGCAGAGGGAGCGGUCCGAGGCCCGCAAGGACGCCAUCCAGCGGCUGUACGUCGAGGCGGGCAGCUUCAUCGUCAGCGAGGUUGAGCUCGCCAAGAGGGUCGAGGAGGUCUUUUCCGAGAAUUUCUGGAAAGGGCGCGGCCUGUGGCAGGGCAAGAUCGCCGAGAACGUGUGGGACGCUCAUGGUCAUCCUAUUCCCGUCAGGGCCAUGUUUGCAGGCAUGAAAGGGACGACCACCAAGGCCGUUGAGAAGUACGAGAGUGCGGUCAGCUUCACUACGCAGCGCCAGAAGAUGGUUUCCGGAGAGCUGACUGGUGGCGCUGUGUCUGCUGGAGGCGACAAGAAGCGGUGA